UUUGUUUUCAUUUCAUAAAAAAAUUUGGUGAUAAGUGGAAGUUGCAAUAUUCGGCUAUAUCUUGGUUCUAAUACUCAUCACAUUUAUUUGUAUUCAUUAAUUAAGGAAUCCUAACUAUGGCUAAAGUGAUCUAUAGGAAAGGUGGUAAAAAAAAGCCAAGGAAGCGUUUAAUGAAGUUUGCCCGUCCCCUUAGCAAAUCUGAAAGGCUUUUGGGUGCGAAAACUCGUUGUCUUCAGAAGAAAAUGAUUGAUGUAGCUCUUAUGUUGAUGAUUCAAAGGAAAGUAAAAAUUUCUCGUGCCUCCAUCAAACACGUCAUUAUGAGGAAGUAUAAAAGCGUUAAAAUGGAUUUCCAUGCCAAGUACAUGUUAGAUUUGUACAUAGAUCAGUUGGUAAAAUAUCGCAUACUACGCUCGUGCUCCAAGUUUUGUUUUGAGGUGAUGGUACAACCUAAACGCAAGUAACAAAGUUGUCAAACUUAAAAAAUAAAAACCUUGUAAGGUACAACAAAAAUUUAAAA